GUAAGAACUAGUCGCUGUUGGGUCUAGCUGUUGGUGCGGGCGCUGCCGGCUCUCUUUUCCUUGGAGAGAGGUCUUUUUGGACUGUCAUUCAUUAACACCAAUUUUUAACCAUCAAGUAGAAGUUGCAAGAAGUGUCUGCAAAGACUGAGGUCUGCAGAGUUCUUCUUCACUGCUAACUUCUGCUCCAUUUGAACAUACGGGACAUGGCAUCAAAUCUGAAGCAGGAUGCUAAUGAUUUAUUAGAUUGGAAUAUGACUUCUGGUCAGGUCAAUCAAGAUGAUGUUUUUUCGUCUAUUUCCUCUGAUCAUGUAAAGCCGGUUAUUCCACUGACAUCCCCUACAUCGAUUGAAUUAUUAGACAUACUUAUGAAAGGAAGUCAGCAGGAAGAAGCAGAAUGGGAAAGCAUAAAUGCUUUAUUAACAAAAAAUGGCUUAAAACCAGUGGUUUUUGUCAACAGGGCACAUGGAAAAAACCUAGGCGAUUUAAUCAUUUUUGACAAACAGACAGCACAGAGGAUUAGACAGACUUUAAAAAGGUUGGUGGAUGACAGUGUAAUGAAUCAGAAUAUGAUUCAUCAACUCAUCGAAGCAAAUCAACAACUCAGAGAUGAACUGCAGCAGGAACAAGGUAGAACUUUGCAGGAAGAAAAACGAGCUAAUGACUUGGAAGAAAUAGUGAAUAGUGUGAAAUCCAAAAUCAUUGAACUUGAAGAAGAAUCUGAGGUUAUGGUUUCCCAGCAACAGAAUCAAGUGAAAGAAUUUAAAAAAGAUCAAAAAGCUGCACAGGCAAAAUAUCAUCAGUGUGAACAAAAAUGGAUGGAGCAACAAAAGACUCUUUCUUGUUUGCAGAAGGAAAUUCACAAAUUCCAGAAAGAGGAAGAACUUCGUGAUGCUGCUCAGAAAAGAGUUUUUAAACGGCUUUGCAAACAAGCAACGCAUACUAUUGUGGAUAAACAGUUGCUUAUCCUGAUUGAUUAUUAUGAAUCCAAAAUUAGAAAAUUACAAAAGGAACUAAGUCAUUAUAACGAAGAUUCAGAAACUGGAGGAGAAAAGGGGGACUUCAUAGAUCUGGAUGGCACACCAAAUUAUAAAAACCUUCUUCUGUCUUUCCAGAAACAACUUAGAGACACUAAAGCCAAGAAUGAUAAACUUUCAUGUGAAAAUCUGAAUCUUCGCAAAGAUUUAGAAAACAGGCCUUCAUCACAUGAUUUAAGACUUUAUAAACAACAAGUGAAGAAGCUGGAGAAAGCACUUAAGAAAAGUAUAAAUUUACAGGAAGUCCUCAGGGAAGACAAAUCUGAGAGCUUAGAUAACAGAGAUUCUGAGAUCAGAAAAACAGAUAGCCAGCACCAGGUCCUGUUUGACCAGAAAUACUUCAAGAUCUUAACCAGCAUUGACUCAAUUAUAAGUAAUCCAAGAGCUCCAGUAGUAAUAUAUAAGCAGAGCAAGGGAUCCUUCCAAAGUUAUAAUAAAGUUAACAGUCAAGAAUGUGGAUUUGAGCAUCUUCCUCUUACAAUAGAAAUGUGGGCAGAACAGCUAACAUCUCUAAAGGACUUGUAUAGGUCUCUGGAAAAACUGUCUGAGGAGUUGCUACCUUGGCAUAAUAAGAAACAAUAUGAUAGGAGUGAAGGUGGCAUUAAAGUGGAAGAUCUUCUACUUAUUGUUGAUACCAUUUUGGAAGAAGUCGAACAUAAGAAAAAGGGUGAUGUGCCAUGCCCUGAAACUUUACAGGCAAUUGUUAAUCACUUCCAAAAGCUAUUUGAUGUAACGUCUCUGUCUGGAAUCUAUCCUCGAAUGAAUGAAGUUUACAUUAGGCUUGGAGAAAUGAAUAAUGCUGUGAGAAAUAUCUAUGAGAUCCUAGAACUAGAUAAUUCAUCAUCACUAAGUGUUCUGGUGAAUACAGUUGGGAAAUUAUGCAAAAUAAUUAAUGAAGAUGUGAGCAAACAUAUUGAGCAGGUGUUGGGGACCCAGGACAUCCAAAGCAUUAUAAAUAAAUUAGAAGAAUAUGAUGAAUUUUUCCCAACCUUUCAAGCUUUUAUCCAAGAUCUUCUUCAGAUUUUAGAAGUCAACAAUUUGGAUGCCAUUAUUCCUGAAGUAAUGAAAUUAAAGCUAAUUCAAAGUAAAGAAGAUUAAAAUUUUCUUUAACUAAGUAAAUUUUAUCUGAAAUGUAUUUUCUUUAUAAUUGGUCUGACCUGGGCUGUAUUUACUUGCAUAGUUCAUCUCCAUUUUUCCUACCCUAAGUCAACACUGGUGGCAUGGUUAAUUUUCAUUCUUAACAAAAGUUAAUUAAUUUUUGAUAUUCUUAUUCCAAUUUACAAAAGAAUUGUCAUUCUUAGGAUUAUGCAGAAAUCAUUUGGGGGAUAAAAUAUUCUUCAGCUGUUCUUCAGCAAGACUGAUUUAAGGAAAGCUGCUUAUGUUUUGGAAACAGAGUAAUGAUAUAUUAAGUAUUGGCAUGGUGGUAUUUGCCUUUAAGAUUUCCUUUGGAAUUUGAAAUUUAGAACUAGCAUCUUUGGCCUAGAAGAAGUAGGAUCAGUUUCGCUGAUGACAUCACUUCUCCAGCAAGUUUGGGGAGUAGUGAACAUUCUGUAAUCCUCCCAAACUCAGGGGGAAAAAGAAAAGAGGAAAAAAUUUCAAAGAGAAGGUGGAGGUAUAAUGCUAUCUAAUUUUUUCUUUUCUCUAACCCAGUUAGUGGCUAGCUGGUUAAACAAAGAGUUUAACCCUUUGUAUGCCAUGCCAAUGAAAAAAUAUUCUUUCUAGACAGUCUGCUGUUGGUGGCAAAAGUUGCGGCAGUUUCAAAUUAGAGGGUAAAGGUCAGGGAUCAUAAGCAUUUUUAAAUCUUCUUCCCAUAAUGGGAUAAAAGAGUGAAUAAAUAGGAUGAUAACUACCUCAAGAAAGGGUGUAUUUAAGCUCUU